UGCAGGAAGAGGGCUGCACAGGAGCUGACACUUCAAGGACGGUCAUCCAUAUACUUUAAUCCUUCUUGCUCCAUCCAUUAGCAGCUGCAGGAUGCCCCUGGCUCGCAGCCUAUCAGUCACUUCCCUCACCGGGCUGGAGGACUGGGACGAUGAUUUGGACCUCGACAACAGCGUCCUGUUCGAGGUGGCCUGGGAAGUGGCCAAUAAAGUUGGAGGAAUUUACACAGUUAUACAGACCAAAGCCAAGAUUACCACAGAUGAAUGGGGAGAAAACUACUUCCUGAUUGGCCCCUACUUCGAGCAUAAUGUGCGGACUCAGGUUGAGUUGAUCGAGCCACCAAAUCCUGCUAUCAAGCGAACGUUGGAUUCCAUGAAUGGAAAAGGAUGCAAGGUUUACUUUGGCCGCUGGUUGAUUGAAGGCAGUCCAUACGUAAUCCUCAUUGAUAUUGGAGCCACUGCCUGGAGCCUCGACCGCUGGAAGACAGAGUUAUGGGAUAGCUGCACCAUUGGGAUCCCAUGGUAUGACCGGGAAGCCAAUGAUGCCGUUCUGUUUGGCUUUCUGACCGCUUGGUUUUUGGGUGAGUUUGCAGCGCAGUGUGGCGAUGAGAAGCCCUAUAUCCUUGCUCAUUUCCACGAAUGGUUAGCUGGUGUUGGCUUAUGUUUGUGUCGGGUUCGUAAACUCCCAGUGGCCACAAUCUUCACUACACACGCCACUCUCCUGGGUCGGUACCUGUGCGCUGGAAGUGUGGACUUCUACAACAACCUGCAAGGGUUUAACGUAGAUAAAGAAGCUGGAGACCGACAGAUCUACCACCGAUACUGUAUGGAACGAGCGGCUGUCCAGUGCAGUCAUGUCUUUACUACCGUCUCUCAGAUUACUGCUAUUGAAGCUGAGCACCUACUGAAACGCAAACCAGAUGUAGUAACUCCAAAUGGUCUGAACAUAAAAAAGUUUUCUGCUAUGCAUGAGUUUCAGAAUCUGCAUGCCCAGAGUAAGAAUCGUAUACAGGAGUUUAUCCGGGGACAUUUUUACGGACACCUAGAUUUUAAUUUGGACAAGACCCUGUUUUUCUUCAUUGCUGGACGCUACGAGUUCUCUAACAAAGGAGCUGAUGUUUUUCUGGAGGCCUUGUCAAGACUCAACUAUCUUCUAAGGGUGAAUCAGAGCGACAUAACCAUAGUGGCAUUUUUCAUCAUGCCUGCAAGGACUAAUAAUUUCAACGUGGAAACCCUGAAAGGUCAAGCCGUACGGAAACAGUUGUG